UAUAAAGCACUCAAUAAACCUAAUUAACGAUUGUUUAUCCCAUGAUCAUGAUAUGAAUCCCUAACACAAAUUGCUCCCUCACUCACGCUUAUUAUCAUUGAUUAAGAUUCCUCUUCCUUUUAUAUCUAAAAACCAACACAAAUUUUUUCUUAGCUCCCAACAUUAAUAAUGGAGUUAAUGUCUCUUAUUUUGUCAAUAUUUUUGUGUCUUUUAGUUCUAACAUCCCAAUGUAGCAAAGCAACUAAAGACAUUUUCAUAUUAGCAGGACAAAGCAACAUGGCUGGUCGAGGAGGUGUUUUCAACAGAAAAUGGGACAAAAAUGUCCCAUCAGAAUGCAAGCCCAGCCCAUCAAUUUUGAAACUAAAUUCAAAACUCGAAUGGGAAGAGGCCCGUGAGCCUCUUCACCAGGAUAUCGACGUAGGAAAAACUUGCGGUGUUGGGCCUGGGCUUGCUUUCGCGAACGAGGUUGUUAGAAAGAGAGGUAGUGGUGGUAGUGUUGUCGGACUUGUUCCUUCCGCUGUUGGUGGUACGAGGAUUGAAGAAUGGAGAAAUGGGUCAUUUUUGUAUAAUGAAUUGGUGAGAAGAUCUAUUGAAUCGGUUAGAAAUGGUAGUGGUGUAAUAAGAGCAGUUUUAUGGUAUCAAGGUGAGAGUGAUACUGUAAGAGAAGAAGAUGCUAAUGCAUAUAAGAGUAGAAUGGAGAAUUUUAUUCAGAAUAUUCGAUCAGAACUUCAUCUUCCAGAGCUUCUUGUUAUUCAGGUAGCACUUGCAUCAGGGGAAGGAAAGUUUAUAGAGAAGGUGAGACAUGCUCAAUUGAGUAUCAAACUUCCGAAUGUCAAAUGUGUCGAUGCCAAAGGAUUGCGUCUCAAGGCAGAUAAACUUCAUCUUACCACAAUGUCUGAGGUUCAUUUGGGCAUCCAGUUAGCUCAUGCCUAUCUCGCUUCAAACAGACAUAACUUUACUCGUACACAAGUUAGCUAAUUGAAAAGUGAUCACACAUUUGUUGCAGUCGCGUGAUUCAGACUAUCAAAUUAAAAUUGAACGACUCACAUUUUGACUUUGUAAAUUGAAUUCAGUUCCAAGAAUGUAUGUUAUAUAUUUAAUUUGAUUAUUUAUUAAGAUUAAGAUUGAUUACUCUGUGCCUCAUUAUGUAUAUUCAAUUUUUUUGUUGAA